AUGGCGGCCCAAGAAGACCUCGUCGACUUCGAGAUCAUCGAGAAUCAGAAGGAAAACAUCCAGUCACUCCCCGGAGGACGGUCUGCACGAAAAUUAGCCCGCAUCUUCUCACCAAGAGAUACUACCGAUAAGCUGGCCACCCCAUCACCGAAUGACACGAGAACCGUGAACGAUGCCAUCAGGCAGGAAUUUGAAACCGAGAUACAGGCCAUUAACGAAUCAGACGACCCGCUCGAUGUUUACGACAGAUAUGUGAAAUGGGUGCUCAACGCCUACCCGUCGACCCAAGCAACACAGGAAUCCGGACUCCUGCCUCUCCUAGAGCGUGCCGUCAGGGCAUUCCUCUCCUCGAAUCAUUACAAGAAUGACUCCCGGUAUCUGCGGUUAUGGCUUCACUAUAUCAGAUUAUUCUCGGAUUCGCCGCGCGAAACGUUUGCUUUCCUUGCCCGUCACCACAUCGGUGAAGAACUCGCUCUCUUUUACGAAGAAUUUGCCGCCUGGCUAGAGAGUGCGGGGCGUUGGGCACAAGCCGAGGAGGUGUACCAUCUUGGAAUCGACCGGGAGGCACGGCCAGUCGAGCGACUGAUCCGAAAAUUCAGCGAGUUCCAGCAGCGAUAUGAGCAACAACCUCAAGACGGGCCAACCUCACCCGCAUUGCCCAAAGCCCGACCAGCACUGGCUGCCAAAGCAAAUCCAUUUGCCUCUUCGAGUGAUGCACCCGAACAACAACCUCAGCAGCCAGCCGCCCCAGCGGCUGGAGCCAAGAAAUCGAAGUCUGGCAAGCCGAAGAUGGCCAUCUUCUCCGAUGCGGAGGCCGCCCCGGCAAACCAGCCUGCUCUCAGUGGUGGACCAACAAAGGGGUGGGAUAGUAUUGGGUCAUUGCAUGAUCGAAAGAAGGAAAACGCUAUGGAGGCAAAGCCUUGGGCUGGGGAAACUCUGAAGGCAGGAAAGAAGGCAGCGCCAAAGGAAAAAAUGACGAUUUUCAGGGAUGAGUCAAAUGCGAAACAACAAGUCAAAGAACCAAUGCAAUCCAAGCAUGUUCCAGAGCACCGAGUAAGCGAAGCGGUAAAUCCACGUACUGGUAGACGGGAGCGCGUCUUCGUCAAUCUUGAAGCAGUAUACCCUGAUUACAAGAAUCCGAACCAUGAGAUCAGUUUCGAAGAACUGAGGGCUAUGAGCCGGGGAUGGACGAAGAAAAAUUGGCGCUCACAGAAACAGCCUCUGAAGCAGAUAUCAGGAAAUGCUGAGCCUUCGACGGAGAAGCUUGUAGGAAGGGGCCGCGAGAAGGAGCUACCAGAUCAAUUCAAUCAGAAACUUGCCCUCCACGACUCACAACCUGAUCAAGAUGAGAACCGUGACAGCAGAGCUGGAAAAGCGCGCAAACCCAAGGUCCGCGAAGUCCAGGGAGAAACACAGACCAUUAAAAUGAAUUUUGAUUCCCCAACGAAACCAAAGAAAGUACGCCGCAAGAGCACUGCUGAGCCAACCAUGACUCUUCACACUCGCGCUGCUACGGACGAGAUCUACAGCAUCUUCAAUCAGCCAUUGAAAGCCGAGACGGAGCCCGCCGACAGCAGUGACUUCGACGACGACGAUUAUGAUGACGGAUAUACGAGUGCCGGUGAAAGCACAGUCACUGGGCGGAUAUCCGCUGCCUCCAGCGAUUUUGAUGACGACGACACGACAUUCCACAAGACCUUCGGCAACGAAGGGUUUGAUGACACACGGGCUGAAAGCGUUGUGGAUGGCGAAUGGACGGAAUUUACAGGAUCUCGGCAUGUGUCCGAGCCUUCAAUAACGGACUCGCAGGCUUUCCAACCAGAACAUGAAGAGUAUACCGAUGGUGAAGAGACAGACGCUGUUGAGCAACCUGUACGGCCAAGGUUUGUGCCGCAAAUGCCUGAAGAUUACAACCCGCCAUGCGGUCCCUAUCGUGACCCGGAGAUAAUGGCUCAGAAUCGCUUGCCCUUCAUGACGCCCAUUGUCGAACAAACAGAGUGCUCGUUCCCUUCCAUGAGAACCGCCAGGAACCUCUACACUGCGAAGACGCCGUCAAAACCGAUGCCCGGUAUCGCUGCGAGCCCUGGCACGCCCGAGAUGGAAGACCUUCUGGGUCUCUCUCCUGAAGGGGACAGAUUCGCCAGUAUCCCGGAGGAUGUGACGCUGAGUCCGUCGGCAAUGAAGUCACGUUCGAGUCCGCUGAUGCCGUUUCUGAAGAGUAGUCCGGCACGGAAGCAGAGACCUGUUAUCGAAGAUGCUCAGUGCAAUCCGACUGACAAGAGUAUUCGGAAAAUUGUUAUCGAUUCUCUGAGCCCGCCAAUUUCAUCCUACCCUGGCUAUCAGGCUCACGCAGAAGAGGAAAGUCACUACGCCCCUGGAAUCCAGAAGUAUAUCAAGAACCUCAGCAAGCGACUGAAGAGUGGCGACGAGGCCUCGUUCAACGCACCGAUUCUUGAAUUUGAAAAAGCAGAACGGGGUUAUAUUGUCAGACGAGAACUCGGAGCUGGUGCCUAUGCUCCCGUAUAUCUCGCGGAAAGCGUCGACAGCUUAGAUACGGAUUCCGAAAUGGACGGCAGUCGAGAUUCCCGAUCUACGAAUAGCAGAAAGGCAGCGGAUCGUUACAGUUUCGAGGCGAUUAAGAUGGAACUUGGACCCCCUAAUCCGUGGGAGUUCUACAUGAUCCGAGCUGCUCACGAACGUCUUCAGAAAUCCCCCGGAUGCUCCCGGGCCGCCGACAGUAUCAUUCGAGCACACGAGCUACACGUCUUCGAGAAGGAGAGUUUCCUUGUGGAGGAUUACCGCGGACAGGGUACCUUGUUAGACCUCAUCAACAUCAUCCGCAACGAACCGACUCUUGUCCAUAACAACGGAGAAGGUGGUCUAGACGAAUGUCUAGCCAUGUUUUUCACGGUGGAGCUCUUCCGAACCGUCGAAGCACUGCACGCAAAUGGUGUCCUCCACGGGGACAUCAAACCCGACAACUGCCUAGUUCGCUUCGACGACCCAUCCUCACGCCCAGCAGACAGUACACCUUCUCUGCUCGAUCUUGAUGAUGAAAACACCGACCCACGUGAAAUCCACUACUCUCCGCACGGUAAAUACGGCUGGCGCGAUAAGGGUCUCACCCUCAUCGACUUUGGCCGCAGUAUCGACAUGCGCGCCUUCCAGCCAUCUGUCCAAUUCAUUGCCGACUGGGAACCAAGCAGCCACGAGUGCAACGAAAUUCGCGAGAUGAGACCCUGGACGCAUCAAAUCGAUCUGUACGGUGUUGCCGGUACGGUGCACGUGAUGCUCUUCGGGAAAUACAUCGAGUCUGUCCCCGUCAGACGCAGCAGCUCCGAAUACGAGAACUCGAACCCUCAAGCAAUGACCAGGACGUACCGUAUCCGGGAAACCCUGAAGCGCUACUGGGAGCGGGAGAUUUGGAGCGAGGUGUUUGACUUACUGUUGAACCCUGGUGCGCCAAGGUGGACUUCUAUUGACCAAGACGAGAAUGAGGAUCGACCGCCGCAUUUGGCUAUUCUUGGAGCGAUGCGGGCUGUUCGAGAGAAGAUGGAGAGUUGGCUUCUGGUCAAUGCGGAGAAGAAGGGGUUGUCGUUGCAGAUCCGGAAGUUGGAGGCUGUUUUUGCGGAGAAGAGAAGGAAGUUGGAGAGGGUUUAA